AAGAUACCCUUCACGUGACACAACAAACCCAUGCCAUUGGAUAAGAGCAUCCAGGCCUCGUCACUUUGAAACACCACAAUGCAGAAAGCUGCGUACUAUGACAAUUCUGGACUGUUCGGGGGGUAUUCGUACUCCAAAUCUGACUCGUAUAGUUACAGUUCCACUCAUCAGCCUUACCCGUCAUCUAAUAUUGAGAACGACUUCCAGGGUCCAGUGUGUACCAUUCAAACCCCAACAAUCAGACCCCCCAGUCAUAAACCUAGUGAGAUAAAUGGCAGCUGCAUGCGAACGACUAACAAUCAGAGCAGCAGCCAGCCGACAGCCAUCAAUGAGCAACAGCAAGCACCUCCUUUGCCAGCCUCUUCACCAAACUCCGGCAGCACUUCCUCCCAGAAAAAAAAGACAGCUUCUAAUUCUACCAGUUCUACCACCCCUAUUAUUACAAAGCAAAUAUUCCCAUGGAUGAAGGAAUCGCGACAGAACUCAAAACAGAAAAACAACUGCACAACUCCAGGUGACACGUGUGAUGACAAAAGUCCUCCAGGACCAGCCUCGAAAAGAGUCCGUACUGCUUACACCAGCGCCCAACUUGUAGAACUCGAAAAGGAAUUCCAUUUCAACCGGUAUCUCUGUCGUCCCCGCAGAGUGGAAAUGGCCAAUUUAUUGAAUCUCACGGAGCGCCAAAUAAAGAUCUGGUUUCAAAACAGGAGGAUGAAGUACAAAAAGGAUCAAAAAGCAAAGGGGAUAAUGCACUCUCCAGUUGGACAUUCCCCAGACAGAAGUCCACCAUUAAGUGGCCCGAACCACAUUGGAUAUUCCAGUCAGCUACCUAAUGUGAACAGCCUGAGCUACGAUGCUCCCUCGCCAACAUCAUUUGCUAAGCCGCAGCAAAAUAUGUACGGCUUGGCUGCUUACACAGCACCAUUAGGUGGCUGUAUACCACAGCAGAAAAGGUACCCGGGAUCUGAAUAUGAACACCACAGCAUGCAAGGCAACGGUGGCUUUGCCAAUGCUAAUUUACAAGGCAGCCCCGUGUAUGUUGGAGGGAAUUUUGUUGAUUCCAUGCCAGCCUCGGGUCCCAUGUUCAACCUCGGCCAUCUUCCUCAUCCUUCUUCGGCCAGCGUGGACUACAGCUGCGCGGCUCAGAUUCCGGGCAACCACCACCAUGGACCUUGUGACCCCCAUCCUACAUACACAGAUCUAACAUCUCACCACUCAUCUCAGGGAAGGAUUCAGGAGGCACCUAAACUGACGCAUCUGUAGUGGACUGUCGUUGUGCCGAAGCGAGCUCUUCGCUUUUUUAUUACCUCACUAGUCUGAAGUACUUUAUAUAAUUACGCUCCACGAGAGUUAUCUGUAUUAGCCUGUAUUAUUAUUAUUAUUAUUAUUAUUAUUUUAAAACAGUUGUGUUCCUUUUCCUGGCUGACGGUGAUCAGCCAAAGGAUAUUUUUUGUCAGCUGUUUCACUUUUUGAAGUGCAAUGCGCAACACAGUUAAGGACUGAAAAAAAAAAACGUUUUACUUGAAGGUAAGUCCUGUAGAGAUUUCAGUUUUAGCAAACCACAACAAUAGGGUGGUUUCGUACAAAA